AUGGUGAGCAAACAAGGAAUAGCUGCAAAACAUAGGCCAAGCAUAAUAGAAAAGCCCAUUUUCCAGUUUCAAAUUCUUGAUCAAAGAGGCUUCACUUUCAGGAUGGAGGACAAUAGGCUCAAGCAAAGAAGGGUGUCAUUUUCUGAUCCACCAUCACAAAAAGAAGGGCUUGUUAGGCCAACUGUUGAGGAUGUGGCUGUGAAUAGAGAUGAGAAGCAUGGAACUGCAGUUGCAGCUGCAGCGUUAGCCAUUUACUCGCUGGAACAGGCAGAGUUGCUUAAUUUGCAGAAGACGAAAGAAGGCCAUGUAUAUUCAAGUGCUCAGACUAUGAGAAGAAAAGAAGAAAGCAAAUCUACGAAGCCAACUUUUGGAGAAAGUUGGAAGAAAAAGUCAUCUAGAGAGGAUCAUGAAGGCCAGUUUGCUGUCAGACUUUUAAGGGCUGGACAAUCUCCGAGCACUCCAAGCCCAACAGGCAUAGCAAGAUAUGAAAAGCAUAAGGAGAGUCACACUCCCUCACAACAAAACACUGUCAAUUCCAGAGCAGAAUCUUGGGAAAUGGCCAAGAUUCAAAAGCGAUAUGAGAAGAUAGAGUUUAAGAUUCGUCUAUGGGAGGGUGAGAAGAAGAUGCAGGCCAUUCUUCAAAAGGAUAGGACGAAGAACGAACUGGAGCAGAAAAGAGCAAUGGCAAUGCUGCAUUAUCAGAACAAGAUGGGAAUGAUAAACAGGAUAGCACAAAGAGCAAGAGCAAAGUUGGAAGACAAAAGAAGAAAGGAAGAGUCUGGGGUUAAAGAAAAAGCAAACGAGAUCAUAAAAACCGGCAGGCUCCCAUCCACCCGCAUGGUUAAGAGUCUGCGUCUGUGUCCAACUGAUAUUCCUGGCUGCAGGAUCCGCAACAGAGAUCAUGGUGCUAGUGUGGAAGGAUCCGCAACAGAGAUCAUGGUGCUAGUGUGGAAGGAUAAAGUCAUCAAUUACUCUUAA